CUUCUGUAGACGGCGCUACAAGAAGGAAAAGUAACACAUGCGCUCUGCAGUUGCCUGGCGCACAGACAUCGCAACGGUGGAUUCCAGGCUGCAGAGGUUAAUAUGGAGUACAGACGGGGUUCUCUUGGGAGCAGGGUCGAAAGGAAGACGCGUGUCUGAUUAUUUCCAGCGAAAUAUCGAUUCGUGAAAGCUUGGCAACCAUCUAGCUAACGUUAGCUAGACGGGCACCUCAUGCGACAGAGCUAACGGGAACGUCCAUUAUGGAUUUUACCAAACUGGUGACUCUGUGGAUUGUAUGCGUGUGCUUCUUCGGGGAGAGUCGGGGGGAGAAGCCGGGCCAAACCCAGGCAGAUCAGCAGCAGACCGAUAACGAACUAUCGGACCUGUGUCGGUUCGAUGAGCCGCUGUGCCAGGAUGAGAACUCCAUCCUCAGCUUCGAGGCCAUCCGCAGCAUCCACAAGCAGAUGGACGACGACGCCAACGGAAACGUGGACGUGGCGGAGACGGACGGGUUCCUGAGGGAGGACCUCAACUACCACGACCCCAAGGCCAAGCAUAACAGUUUCCACGGCGAUGACCAGUUCAUCAGCGUGGAGGACCUGUGGAACGCCUGGAAAGGGUCUGAAGUGUUCAACUGGACGGUGGACGAGGUGGUGGAGUGGCUGAUCACCUACGUGGAGCUGCCCCAGUACGAGGAGGCCUUCAGGAAGAUGAACUUCAACGGCAGCGCCAUGCCCAGGCUCACCAUGAGGAACGCCACCCUGACCGUGUCCCUUCUGAAGAUACUGGACCGCAGCCACUUGCAGAAGCUGCAUCUGAAAGCCAUGGACACGGUCCUGUUCGGACCGCCGCUGAUGAACAGACACAACCACGUGAAGGACUUCAUGCUGGUGGUGUCCAUCGUCAUCGGCAUGGGGGGCUGCUGGUUCGCCUACAUCCAGAACCGCUACUCCAAGGACCACAUGAAGAAGAUGAUGAAGGACCUGGAGGGCCUACAGCGGGCUGAACAGAGCCUCCACGACCUGCAGCAGAAGCUGCAGAUCGCCCAGGAGGAGCACCGCACCGUGGAGGUGGAGAAGGUGAACCUGGAGCAGAAGCUGAGGGACGAGAUCAACUCGGCCAAGCAGGAGGCGCAGCGGCUGAAGGAGCUCCGCGAGGGCACGGAGAACGAGCUCAGCCGCCAGAAAUACGCCGAGGAGGAGCUGGAGCAGGUGCGCAUGGCCCUGAAGAAGGCAGAGAAGGAGCUGGAGUCGCGCUGCAGCUGGUCCCCACCGGAGGCUCUCCAGAAGUGGCUGCAGCUCACCCACGAGGUGGAGGUGCAGUACUACAACAUCAAGAAGCAGAACGCCGAGCGCCAGCUCCUGGUGGCCAAAGAGGGGGCGGAGAAGAUCAAGAAGAAGAGGAACACGCUCUUCGGAACCUUCCACGUGGCCCACAGCUCCUCGCUGGACGACGUGGAUCACAAAAUACUGGCGGCCAAGCAGGCCCUCGGGGAGGUCACCGCCGCCCUGAGGGAGCGGCUCCACCGCUGGCAGCAGAUAGAGCUUUUGACGGGCUUCACGGUGGUGAAUAACCCAGGCCUGCCGUCGCUGGCCUCCGCCCUCAACGUGGACCCCAGCUUCAUGGGGGGCCGGGCCACGCCCCAGCACUUCCUCAUGUCCGAAGACAUGGACGACAUGGAUGAGGACAUCAUCGCCCCCGCAAGCCUGCAAUACGCCGCCUGGCUAACGGACCGCCGAGUGAGCGACCUCUGGUCCCUCAGCUCCGACUGCCACUCCCUGCGGAAAUACUCCGCUCCCAGCAUGAUGUCCCUGCGCCAGCGCCACAUCGACGCCCAGAUGGCCGCAGGCUCCCAGAGGUUGGUAGAGGGCUGCCUGUUGCCGGGGCCGCCGGGCGAGGGCGGCUCGUUCAGCCCCAGGGCCAGGGGCUCCCUGCGACAGGGCCGCAGCCAGUCCUUCGGCCAGUUUGAGCCCUUCUCCCUGCCCCCGCUCUCCUCCGCCGUGUCUCACCCCUCCAUCAUCUGCACCGCCCCGACUCCGCCGCCUCAGCCCCUGUCCUCUUCCUCUCCGCUGUCCUCCUGCUCCUCAUCCUCGGGCUAUCACACCUCUUAUUUCCAGCCCAUGGACACCAUCCCUGACCUCCCCGCGGACGGCAGUCCGGCGCUCUCCCAGCGCUCCGACAGUUUCGGGGACCUGAACCGCUCGGAUUCGGACUCGUCCCUCUCCCUGUCCCAGGCCAGCGAGCAGCAGCGCGUGUCCUCCUCCAGCAGCUCCCGCGGGCACGCCGUGAAACCCACCUCCCUCCUGCACGAGUCCGCCUCCGCGCACACCCCCAACGGGGGGAACCGCGUGGCCGAGGCCGGGGCCGGGGCCUGGGGCGAGGCCGGGGCCGACAGCCCCCUCCUGAUGAAGAAGGCGUACGGCAUGGAGAAGUCGGCCAGCCUGGGGGAGAUCAACAGCUCGCUGGCUGGCCUGUCGCAGUCCGAGUCCUCCCGAUCCCUCAGCCCCAACUCCACCGAACCCGACACGCCCUCCCCCACCGGGGGCCAGGCGGGGGCCGGCAAGGGCCUGACCCGCAUCCCCCAGCUCUCCUCCAAGAAGAGCCCCCUAGAGGAGGACAGUGGCUCCACGGGCGAAGACACGGAUUCUACCGCCAGCCGCAAGAAGCACACUUUCAAGAUCUUCAAGAAGCAGAAAAAGUAACGGGUGUGCUGACUGCCUUGCAGUGGCCAGUGGGUCUGAAUGCUUUUAUUUUUUUUCCCCUCAAUCACUCCUUUCUUUUCCUAAAGAAAUGUGUCCAAGAUGUCCUUUCUCUUGUUUUGUUUGUUUGGUUUUGUUUUACACUGGUAUUCAAACGGCACAGACCGGUUGUCCUUAAUGAGGAUCUGAAGGUACUUCUAUUUCUGAGGAACUGUGGGAGCAGCAAGUCUAUGUUUUCUUUUUUUUCUUUUUUUUUUGUUGUUUUUUUUGACGAUUUCUAAAUGUGGGGAUUAUGGGGGACAGGGGAGGGGCUUGUAUAUGGGAAUGUAAAGUGCUAUUUAUUCUGCAAGAAACAGUGCCAGUCCUUAAAGGGAAAUCUUCCUCCCAGACCGUUUUUAUUUUACUUCAGUCUUUUUUUUUUCCCUUUUCCCUCCGUUUGCAUGAGUUCACCUUUCUUUGAUUGAUAUUUGAAUGCUUAGGUGUUUGCUUGGUUCUUGUCCUUUUUCUGCUAAAUGAUGCAAAAUAUCACAGCUAUUCUUUCAAUUGCUUUCCCUUUAUUCUUUUAUUUGUCUCUAUAUGAAAUGUCUGGCUUUUAGUGGGGAAGCUGCAAUCUGUAUGAGUCAAUGGUUUCGGAAACGGUAAAAGGCUGAAAGAUGCAACUCUCCCUAAAUCUGUUGUACUAGUGCUGAGCCUAAUGAAAGUCUAUAGCACGGAAGCAGAAAACACAGGUGGUAGGAUGCAGGUGUGUGUUCAGAUUGGCAUUAAAAUCUCCACUGGGACGACACUACACCUUUGA